GCCCGGUGGGAUUCCAGAACACGCACUCGCCCGCCAGUUACCACCCCACCCCGUCACCCAUGGCCUACCAGGCCAGUCCAAGCCCCAGUCCAGUAGGGUACAGUCCAAUGACUCCUGGAGCUCCAUCUCCAGGAGGCUACAACCCUCACACCCCUGGAUCUAACAUCGACCAGGCCUCCAAUGACUGGGUCACCACAGACAUCAUGGUGCGUGUGAAAGACACAUUCCUGGACGGAGGCGUCAUCAAUCAGACCGGUGUCAUCCGGAGUGUCACCGGCGGGAUGUGCUCUGUUUUCCUGCAAGACACAGAGAAGGUCGUUAGUAUUUCAAGUGAACACUUGGAGCCUGUUACACCAACCAAAAACAACAAGGUGAAGGUGAUUCUGGGAGAGGACAGGGAGGCCACAGGAGUCCUGCUCAGUAUUGAUGGUGAAGACGGCAUUGUUAGAAUGGAGCUGGAUGAGCAACUGAAGAUUCUCAAUCUCCGCUUCCUUGGGAAAUUGGAAGCGUGAAAAACACCACGCAUUUAAACACAUUUUGCUAUUCGAAUCCAGAUGCUGCAGAUCAUUCACUUUAAGUGAGCUUUCUUUUUUUUCUUCUGUUUGUCUUCAUCUACAUUGUGAAGUAGCUGGCAUUUUACAUCUUUUUUUUCCCUUACACUUAGUCGAAGGUUUUAGUGGAUAGUCUAUUUUGUUUCUUCUGUGGUGUAGAAACAUACUUUUUGGCAAACUGAUUCCAUGUCAAAUAAAAUGUGAACCGUGAGUUCCCAAAUCCAUCCAUCCUGAGUGUUCGCAUGAAAUAUUUCAUAGCUGACGGCUGUUCGUUUUAAACUUUUUAUUGCCUGCUGGUGUUUAGAACAUCAACCAUAAAGAGGAAUUCCAUUUUUAUUCACUUAAUGAGUGA